CCCUCCAGCAUCGCCAGCUACCACCACCACGACAUCACCCCAUUGACGGCCACGACGCACUCAGCCGUCCCACUACAGCCAUCCCCGUACUCGCGACUGAAUUUCUCCACACGCAAAGCGCCGCGCAGCCGCAAUGCCGACCCCCGAGUCCGAAGCCUUCCUCGCCAAAAAGCCCAAGGUCGCCCCGACCUUCGAGGGCGUCGACUACGACGACAACCAGGCGCUCAAGGCCGCCCAGGAUGCGAUUAUAAGAGAGCAGUGGGUGCGGAGCAUGAUGGCGCGGCUGGUGCGGGAUGAGAUGGGCAAGUGCUAUCGUCGCGAGGGCGUGAAUCAUUUGGAGAAGUGUGGGCAUUUGAGAGAGCGAUACUUUGAGUUGCUGAAGGAUGCUAAGGUCAAGGGAUACCUUUUCGCGCAACAGAACUAUAUCGAGAAGACCGAGUAGAUGCCCGUAUCGAGCAGACAGUGGCGGGAAGAAUGACGGAUAGUGGCGGUGGCCGGGUACCUGUUGGACCAUUCACGGGAGGCCGGCUCUCAAGCAGUGGCAUGGCACGAACUCAGCCGUAGAGGAUCGCUUUCACAACAUACUGGCGGCUUCCGUCAGACUGGCGAAUUGUACAUAUGUCCACCAGCAAGCGGAUGAGCUAGCAUAACCUGCUGCUGAGACAGGAGGAGUUAUCUGAUUCAAUUCACAGGUUCCAGCAUAGUCUAAAUCCCGUGCUUUCUUGAACAGACAUCAAGCCUCAGACUUCGCAGCUUUCCUCCCUUGUCUUUAAUACUCAGCAUGGCAUGAUAGCAUGGUGCCAAGCUGAG